CAGUAAAAGGUUAUCAUCAACAGGUACAAAAGGAUCAUCGCUUUCUCAAACUCUCACACUGGUCCCUUCUUUUCGAUGACCCACUGACUGUCUUGUGACUAAGUCACAGUAAGUGGUAAUAGGGCGGUUAGAUCGGCGUGCUGAGAAGCCGUAGGCCCGUAGCUCUUUUUUAUUUUUAUGAUUACACAUCAAUUAAUUUACCAGAUUCUCACAAUCUCAGUGCCCAGAGGUGAUCUGCUGUCAGUGCUGAGCGAAAAAGGUGCCUCUACGGCUCUAGCUCUUGUGCAUUUUGCUGAUGAGUUCAGGGGACUACAAUAAUCACACUACACUUGUGGAGAUGGAGAGACAUAUCGAGAACUAAUCUUUGCUGAUGCUGGCUGGGGUGAAUUCAGUGAGUGGCAUGAGCCAGAGCGAUUGAAAUAAUUAUGACUUCAGCUCCUGGAAUGAUGUGUCAGAGGGACGCUGACUGUGCCUUUGGUCAGUCGUGCUGCGAGCAGAACCAGACAAUGAAGCUGUUUUCCUGCUGCCGGACAUCGUCCACACAUAACAUAUUCUGGAUUGUGAGUGUGUUCUUUGGCGUGUCAAUGCUGUUCUGCGUGCUGGCGAUUCUGAAAGAAAAGCUGCACAUCCACUUUGGCCACUCAGCAACAGGAUCGAGGUUCUGCUGCUUCCACCGGCGUCGGCGACGGCGCAGAACAACAGCGGGCAGUCCUGUGUCUCGACGGCGACAUGUCAGUGUCCGCGUCAACACUGGGUCAGUUUCGUCAUCACACGCCCCGUCGACGGUGAGGCGAUCAACUUCGGCGGAGACUAGUGUCCUGUGCGAAGCCGGCCCACCGCCCUACUCUGAUAUACCACCUCCCACGUAUGAUGCUCCAGGUCCCGUUGUUGCGUACUCGCAAUCAGUAGUAACAGUGGCAGCUGAGUUACCUCUUGAAGAACCACCCAAGUAUUCCGAGCAAGACACACCUCUAGAUGCUCCCCCCAGUUACUACGCACUCCAGUCGACCGAACAAUGCGCUAGCACUCCCGAUGUUAUUGAUACUGGCAGUGAGUUGCAUGGUAGGCCUGUAUCUCUGACCGAUACUGCUGGCCCUUCAACAGCAGGUACUGUUGAAUCCAGCCAUUCGACACUGGAAGCGGCAACACCACUGUAGUGUCUAUAUUGCUUCACAUCAUUGUACUGAUGACAGACCAGGCCAGCGUACACUGGUCACAAGAAAGCGUCUUGUGAAGCUUCUUCUUGCAUUGGCUGCUGCUGCUGCUAGUUGUGCUGGCGGUGUUUCAGUGUAGUGGAUAGUCCAGCCUUGCAGCAGGAGCUCCUGACGGAUAACAGUGUGUACUAGCUAGUUCUUUGCACUUCAGUCAACUACCCAACGCAAUAUACCAGUAACUUACUGGAUCGACUUUUCAAGGCCAGGAGGGAAUGACAUGUCUCCUGCGCACCCUCUCAACUAGGAUGAGGGAAUGCCAUCUCUCCCACACACCCUCUCAACUAGGCCAGGAGGGAAUGCCAUCUCUCCCACACACCCUCUCAACUAGGCCAGGAGGGAAUGCCAUCUCUCCCACACACCCUCUCAACUAGGCCAGGAGGGAAUGCCAUCUCUCCCACACACCCUCUCAACUAGGCCAGGAGGGAAUGCCAUCUCUCCCACACACCCUCUCAACUAGGCCAGGAGGGAAUGCCAUCUCUCCCACACACCCUCUCAACUAGGAUGACUAGCUGUGUUGCUGCUGGUCAACAAGCACACAUAGAUAUAACCUCAUGGUCACUUGAACCUCUGUUCCCCCGUUCGUAUAACGUCACGAUCACUUGAACCUCUGUCCCCCGUUUUUAGUAUUACUAGUGUUGUGAAUGAACUAGUUGACAUACUCUUUUUUCCUUUCACACUGCAUGGAACCUCCUGACGUAUUUUAGAAAAGAAGUUCAUCGUCUGUGCUGCUGCUCAUUCGGCAAAUCAUAGCAAACAUGAUGACUAACUUGUUUUGAUGCUGGCAAUCUCUGGUAGUUAUUUUUCUCAUGGACAUCUCCAAUUACACUCCCACAAUCAUGCUGUUUGAGUACUUUUUGACUUGAUAUAUGUUUUACCUCACUUUAUUCACUUCAUUCAUAUGGAUUUUAUUCUCUAGGAAGGCCUCUGUGCUGAUGCUUAUUUGCUGUUCACCCGCCGGUCACUCCGUGCUCCUCCCCAUGGCCAACAUGCUUUUACGAAUCAAUGAUUCAUGUCGGGGUAUUACAGUCA